CAGGCAGCUGGACAAGUGUCAAAGUGUGCUUGGCUGUAUUGCUACAUUAUCAGUAGUGGGGAAAUGCAGAGAGCAGACCUGCCUUGGGAGUGCUGUGCAGAACUUUGGCUGCCACGGCUUGGCCUGCAAGCAUGAGCCUGCGGAGAGGUGACCAUUGCAAUCCCACAAAAUUGUCCAUUCAUUACAGUGCAGAGUUGGCGUUGGCAGUGGCUCUCAUCUGGGCCCUGGCAGCAGGAUCGCAGCAUCCCGAAGGAGCAGCCAAGGACCCCACCACUCCCGAAAGCCCGAAAUGCCCCAGCCCCUGCAUCUGCAACUAUGACGACAACAACGAUGAGUUGAGCAUCUACUGCAGCUCCCGGAACCUCACGGGCCUUCCCGAAGACAUGCCCCGCGGGGUCCGGUCGCUGUGGAUGGAUGGCAACAACUUGACUUCCUUACCAGCUCUUGCUUUCAGAAACCUCUCCAGCCUGGAAUUCCUCAACCUUCAGGGUAGCCAGUUGUCCAGUAUUAAACAGCAUGCCUUCCAUGGUUUGGAAGGCAUGUACACCUUGUUCUUGGCACGCAACCAGUUGAAGACUUUGACACCCAACAUCUUUCUCCACCUGCAAAACCUGGCCUCCCUCAAUCUCAACAACAACCUGUUCAGCAAGCUUGAGGAAGGUGUGUUUGCUGGGCUCUCCAACCUCUGGUACUUGAAUCUCGGGUGGAAUUCCUUGGUGGUCCUACCAGACAAAGUGUUCCAUGACCUGCCCAACCUGAGGGAGCUGGUUUUGGCUGGCAACAAACUCCAAUACCUGCAGCACCAGCUGUUCUGUAGCCUUGGUGAGCUGAGGGAACUGGACCUGAGUGGGAAUUCCCUCAAGGGUGUCAAGGCCAAUGUCUUCAUGAAGCUGCAGAAGCUGCAGAAGCUCUACCUGAAUCGGAACCAAAUCAACGCCAUUGCUCCCCAGGCCUUCAUGGGCAUGAAAUCUCUGAGAUGGCUGGACGUGUCCCACAACCGCCUGACCAUGCUGUAUGAAAACACCUUCUUGGGUCUUCUGGACCUGCACGUCUUGCGCCUUUCCAGCAAUUCCAUCGCCAGUCUGAGGCCAAGGACUUUCAAAGACCUUCAGUUCUUGGAGGAACUGCAGCUAGGAAACAACCGGCUCAGGGGCUUGCCAGAAAGGGGUUUCGACAGGCUUACCCAACUGGAAGUUCUUACCCUUAAUGAAAACCAGAUCCAGGAGAUCAGGGUGGGAGCAUUCCUUGGCCUUUCUAACGUAGCUGUAAUGAACCUGUCUGGCAAUUGCCUCAAGACCCUUCCAGACUUUGCUUUCAGGGGUCUUAGCAAGCUGCACAACCUUCACCUCGAAAACAGCUGUCUCAGCAGGAUCAGGCCCCAGAUGUUCGCUGAACUUCCCAGCCUCCGGAGACUCUUCCUGCAGCACAACGCCAUCUCCGUGAUUGAGGACCACAGUCUGAACGACCUGCAUGAACUCCGCGGCUUGGACCUAAAGCACAACCGGCUGACCAGGCUCUCUCCAAGCCACCUCACAGGGCUCGGAAAUCUAGAAUAUCUUCUCCUUUCCUCCAACCAGCUGCUGGAAAUCUCUCCAGAAGCCUUUGCCCCACUUCAACGGCUCUCUUGGCUUGACCUCUCCAACAACUGCUUGGAGAUGCUGGAUGGUGAUGCGUUGACGUCCCUUUCGAAACUGGAAUAUCUGAACGUCAAGAACAAUUCGCUCAGGACCUUCCCAGUGGGCUGGCUCAACACGUCCCCUUCGCUAGUUCACCUCUGGUUGGAAGGCAAUCAGUGGCAAUGCAAUUGUUCACUGAAAGGACUCCGAGACUUUGCUCUGCAGCAUCCCAACAUGGUCCCGCGGUAUGCGCAAUCCAUCACAGAAGGAGACGCUCUUCUGUACUUUUACAACAAUAUCACUUGCCUUAGCCCAGUGGAGCUGGCAGGACUGGACCUGCGGGAUAUCCACGAAGGCCAUUUUGCUGAUUGCUAAGGACUGCUCUUCCAUCGUGUUCUCCAAAACAUCCUGCUUUCUGGGUAGCUGGUGUUGGCAUCUAUGUCCUGGAUUCCAUGGUUUGACUUAAAUUUGUCUUUCAGAAAGGAGGGUGAUCCAACCCAUGUGAAAUUCAAGUGCUUUCUUUUCCCCUCAAUUUGAGAUGUUAUCACUUGGGGUGGGGUGCGGUGGUGGGGGAGGGAAGGUUUUGAUCAUGCUUCCUUUAAAGCAGGUAUAUUCCCAAUUUGUUUUUGAUACCUACUCUCUCUUUGGGUAUUCAGCCUCCUGUAGACCUGCAAUACCUUCUUGCUUUGCACUCCUUAGGGACUGGAGACCCACAGGCAGAACCUAAGCAGUGUAAUCCACUUGUUCAGAUCUAAUUCAUACAAGCAAACAGGCUACUCAGUGAGCACUUGGAAUGCAAUGGCAUGGAAGGUUCUCCAGUUAUUGCAAGUAGGCGGAUUGUUUGGGGAACAGGGUGCCUCCUGUUGCCUCCCUCUGUUGACCCUCUUCAGCAAAGAGCCACUCCAGUGGUGGAGGGGGCUGAUGGAGGAAGGCAGGUGAGGCGAUGAUCUUGCCACCCUGCUGGUGCUCCAAUCAUCUGCUACUUGGGGACACCAUGCAUUGGAGCCACUCUGAGAAGGCGCGCUCCUCCUCCACCUUCUUUGCAGUAGUACUGCUGCCACCUGGCACAACGCGUGCUCUGCCCUCCCACUGGGCUGGUGAUGAAAAGUGGGGAGGAAAUGUUUAAAAGGCAGUAGAGUACCGGAGAUGUUCUAUAGGGCAUCUGUGCUGCUCUACAUUUCCUGCUCCUUCCCCCUUUUCAUAACCAGCACAGCAGUGCCUGUAGGACCGGUCUGCUCAACGUCAGCCCUCCUGCAGAUGUUGGCUUACAACUCCCAUAACCCCUGGCUAUUGGCCAAUGUGGCUGGGGAUUAUGGGAGUUGUAGUCCAAAAACAGCUAGGGGGGCAAAAUUGAGCAGGCAUACUGUAGGAGGAGUGGGGGAGUGGGCACGUGCUGAGGCAGAAGGUGCCACUGCAGAGAAGGUUAAAGAGAAGACGACCCUUUCAGAGCAAUCCUUUGCUGAGCAGCAGCGGCUGCCAUCCCUCAGCAAACAUCUGCUCCCGUGGUGGAAAGGGCAGCAGUUCAUGAGCAAGCUGGGGUGGUCAGUACCAUCUGGGGGGACAAAUGCUGAUCGUGAUUUUUUGACAAGCUCUGCAUUGCUAGAGAUGGGGAACAGGUGAUAGCAUCGCAACACUUUCAGUGUGUUAUCCUGCUUUUAUUGUGGUGCCUUCAAGUCUGCAGUGGCUACAUCUGCAAUGGUGUGUUAAAAGCUUUUAAAAACACUAAAGUUUUAUAAAGUUUUAUCCAUGUCA